UCAUAGUAGAACAAAUUUAAGCACGCUAGCGUCUUUCUCUGUUUUUGGUGAAUAAACGUCUGCAGUUAUUGGGGUGAAGCAAGAUAUAAAUAUAAUGACUUCUUGGGUUAAAUCGUCUGGAAGCGGAAGGCGGCCACCGUCCAACCCAAAUGGAAGCGCCCAAGCACUUCGACCUUUCCGGAGAGCAGCCCCAUACCCUUCGAGAGAGGAAAGGACGGAUGAUCGCAAGGAUGCACUGGAAAGUUAUGAAGAGCUAGAUCAACAACACAACUUCAGUGGUAACCAGCAGUAUGAAGGGUUCCAGCAUCAACAAAAUGCUUCAAAAGCCAAGACUGAGGGCUACAGCCCAGCGGACAGACGCAAGUCUCUGUACCAGAAGUUCUACAGACAGGUACAGGAGGAGAAGAAGCCUGCCAACUGUGUAGUGCUCUCUGUCACUAACCAGUGCAUGGAUUACCCCAAAACGCUAGGCCAGUGUUUGCAGGAGCGUGGCUUGUCUGUGGAAAUGCUCUACCUUCAGUCGGAGUCGGGCCUAACCCGGGCCCUGCAGGAUGUUCGAGCAGACGGCUCACCGUUAUGUAUUCUGGUGGAGCAGACAAAUGUAGCGCUCUCCUCCUGCACUGUUAUCAUAUUCUCCGAUUCCCUCAAAAUCCACCGUAACAUGCCCAAGGACCAAGCCAUGGACUUUGUCACAGCAGAGUACCGACGUGGACUUGUUAAAGAACCCACACUGAGGGACCCUGCAGAUGUGGCGGCACGGGCAUCCCAGCUGCUGGAUGACUUUCUAGAUCGAGAGAAGAUUGAGCGCCAUGCUGUGCCCUCGGACACACGCCAGCUUCUCUUGCUGUUGGCAGACGGGAUGCACCUAUACUCAGAAGAGCUGGCAACCAUCGCAGAAUAUUUGCGCUCCCGUCAAGACCAUCAACAGGCCUCCACUGAAGAGGGGGCGAGGGACAACAUGUUACCUCCAGGCCUGGGGAAGCCUCCUCCAUUGCUCCCUACUCCACCUGGACCCUCUCAGUCCCAACCUGGACCAGGUGCAGGGGGGCAGUUGCCUGGGCCCAUGGGGGACAUCUCCCAGCCUAAGCCCACUCCUCUCUUGCCUUCACCAGGCUCCUAUCCCAAGAGUAAACCUCCUCCUCUGUUGUCUUUGCAACGGGCCCCUGGCCCCUCUCAUGGGGCCCCAGCUCCAUUAGGCCCCUCUCCUCGUGGGCCACCCUCUUCACACAGCUCCUAUGGUUCUCCUCUGCCCCGUGGAGCUCCACAUCACCAUGCUUCACUGUACCAACCUGGCCCUCACGGACCCAGAGGAACGCCUCCGUCUCUCAAGAGUCUACGUCCACAUGCCCCACUGGUUCAAGGCGGCCCUCCUCCACGACCCAAUGGACCCCGCCGCUAAGAAAUGACAAGAGAUAGUGACACACACAGAGUGACAGUGUUCUGAAUAGCUCACGUCACCAGAGCAAAUUAUAUUUGUUCUUUGCAGUUGUGAAGGAGUGCAGGAUCUGCACUCGUAGGAUCUGCAGAUCUAGGAUCUCAUAAACCACCCUCACUUCAGAGCUGCCAACAUGUUAGCUCUCGUGAUUUUUUUGUUUUUACUUACUCUCUGUGAGGAAGAGGAUCUUGCAAAAGAACCUGAUGAAGUAUUCUAAUGUCUAAAAAUUUUAACUGUAUGUUGGUUUUUUAAUUAAAAUCCUGCCACCAUCACUGCUUAUCAUCUUGGAUAUUCAAUGUCCAGUGUCCCACUUAGUUCUGCCUAGCCCGUAUAGCAAGUGUUACC